GUCUCGUCUGUCGAUAUGUUAUCCUGCGGUUAUUUUGUAUUAAUGAUCACGACCGGUUACUUAUUCGGUUGCAUUAAGGGCUUCCUAACUGUGAUAUUGGAUGCAGACAUGGGAAGUCACCUAAUAUUAAGAAGCCUGCGACUUCGUAUACCAAUACAGAGAUUAAUUAAAAAUGAGUCUGGCCGGGCGAUCCUGCGUGUUAUAUCUGGACCUAGGGCAUUUCGAGUGGUAUUAUUUACCAGGCUAACAUCGAUACCGUUUGGUAUACAAAACGCUAUGUUCGGAAUUAGCUCUAUAAAUCUGCGAGUGUAUCAUACUGCAACGUUUCUAGGCUUACUUCCCGCUAAAAUGAUUAACGUAUAUUUGGGUUCUACCUUAAGGUCAAUCCACGAAGUUCUUAGUAAUCACGGCACUGCCAUAACUGGUUAUAUUAGCUUUGGCGUUGAGGUGAUUUGCAGAGUAGCUUUAAUGUGUUGGGUCGUGCAUAAGGCCCGUAAAGAAUUGUCGCAAACUCUCCUCACGGUUAUCAGUAAUGAUGGUAAAUUAAUUGACAUACAAGUGUAGCGAAACGAUCAAGUGAAACGGCUUAACAAACGGAAACUAACUAUACACAGGUGACUUUUAAAAAAAAGUCAUAAAAAAUGUUUUUUAUUAUUUUUAUUUUUAUAAAUUUACGUAAAUAACAUAAAAAGCCUCUCGUCAAGGCAAUAAAGACAUGCGUGCCUGUGUAUGCGUGAGUGCAUGUCUGCUGUGUGUUUGUGUGUAUGUGUAUGUUUUUUUUUUUUGCUAUGCGAGCAGGAGGUACAAAGUCUUCAAAAGAUACUGUUGCUUCCUUAGUAGCAGUAUGCACGAUUUCCACGUACUAAAUACUACCCCCCCGCCCACACGCUUCUUCUACCACUCUCCCCCGCGGGAUAACCGUUAGGUAUUACUUCGCGUAGGCUGGUUCUCGUUACCACACUUCCAAUGGUAGGACCUCAUUGGAAUAUCCUAUUGGCUUCCACUCCCUCUGCUUUCCUCCCGUUGUCUCUCUAGUCGUCGUUACUCAACGAGGGUAUUGCUACAGUGAACGCGUCUAGCGCGUUCAAAGCUGCUGCACUACCGAUCACCACGCUCGUCAUCUCGUUGGGUGGCACUUGAGACCGCCCGUUCACAAAUCUGCAGCAGUAGAACAUUACGUGCUCUGCGUCCUUCUCCGUAUCCGCGCAUAUCGGUCAGUUAGGCGAGCAGUCGUGCCCAAAUCUGUGCAGGUACUUUCGGAAGCAGCCAUGGCCAGUCAGAAGCUGGAUGAGCUAAUAGUCUAUCUCGCCAUGGCGUCUUCCAACCCUUAUGCUAAGAAUAAGAAUGAACGUCUAUCUUCCUUUGGUCGUUCUUUCCCUCCUCGACUACAAUAUCCUCAACGAGGCCAUCCGUUCCUCGCUUGUUAUAAUGCGUGAGGAGAGUUCGUUGCCGCGACGCCGCUCGUACAUGCGGCUCAUCUCGUCGGCCAGAAUGUCAACUGGCAGAGUGUCAGCUAUCACUAGUGCUGCUUCCUCCGACCCGGUACGGAAUGUGCAAAUCUGUCCCAGGGCGCUAAAGUGAUAUAUCGGCGCCAACUUUCGGAGUGCCGUCUUUACAGUCAGUGCACCCGUCCAUACUGGGCUCGCAUACAUAAUGACUGAGGUCACUACCGUUGCUAUGAUCUUCCUCUUUGCUGUUUUAAGCCACCCACAGCCCACAUUUGGCAUAAUCCUUGCCAGUGCCGUCAUCCAGACGCCACAUAAUCAAUAUGCCGCCUGAAGUUGAGGCAGUAGUCAAUUGUGACUCCGAGAUAUAUGAGCGCGGGGACUGAUUGUACUAUGUGAUCCACGAUUCUUAUCCUGCACGUCUCUGGCUUCUUCCGGCUACUCACAAGCACAACUUCCGUUUUGUGUUCAGCCAGCUCCAGGCCCACCUUGUUUAACCACUCCUUGAUACGCACGAUUGCCUCGGUAGCUUUCGCUUCGAUGUCUGCAAAUUUGCUUUCCCACCACCACUAUCGCUACGUCGUCGGUGAAUCCAAUACUUGUUGUGCUGGCGGGCAGCUGCACUUUCAGGCGGUCGUCUUACAUGAUGUUCCACAAGAGAGGGCCAAGAACUGAUCCUUGUAGGACUGCUGAUAUUUUAUAAAAUUCUGUGCCGUUGUCGCUUUCAUACACGAACGUACGGCUCGACAGGCAGCUCGUUAUGGUAUUUAAUCCAUACCUUGGGACCUGUGCUCUUGUAAGAGCGUUUUUAACAUCCAACGGAAUCAAGGCACAAUAUUUCUUGGCGCCACCUUUCCAUCUAUACCCAACCACUAUGUAAGCUGUUCCCCACGGGUUGAUGUCUGCUUCCCUGCAGAGAGCCUCGAAACAGCUUCUCUUGCUGCGCCUAAUGGCUUUC